AGGGUGGGGUCCGAGCCCAGCAGUGUGAAGCCUCUGCCUGGGCCAUGAAUUCCACUGCCCUCAGCCAAUUUACCCCACUCGUUAAUGAGAGCGGGGCGAGGCCUCUCCCUGUUUAAAGCUUGUCUUGCCCCUGCUCAGGCGUCUCCAGGGCCAGAGAGAGUCACGUGCCGUGCCCUGUUUUUACCUGCAGUUGUGUGUGUUGGGGGCAGUGGGAGCAUCCCCUGUUCAGGAGCUCCCCGUGGCUGCCCUCUCCUGGAUGUCACCUGCCUUCACAGCCACCCCCUCAGUGGGCCACGUUACAGGGAGCAGCCACUGAUGGCAAAGCACUGGCAGGUCUAGCCUUACACUCCUCAGGGAGUGGGGUCGGAUUUAGGAUUGUGAGGACCUGCCCCCCCCAGGGGUUGUUUCUGGAGUGGAGAGGCCCCCCUCAAUCCCUCCCUUCCCAUCCCUCAACUCUCCUACCGCACAAGGCCAGGCACAGCUCCAGCUGAGCGAUCACCUGUUGUAACACCCAUCUGCCUGCAAGUGGGGGUUGUCCUGUCAACCAUGGGCUCCCUUAAAUGGCAGGUUUAAUUGACCCAAAGUCAGGUCUCGCUGAACUUCCAUGCAAGACACCUGCUGCCGUGUCUGGAAACCACCAUUACUGCAGACAGAAUCAUUGUGGUUUGCUGAGGUGGAGAUUAAAAACACGUAGGCAGAGACAGCAGCACAGGCAUCUCUUACCAACUUUAUCAACUGAACAACAACCUGUCAUCUCCAUGGCACUCAGGAGGCACAUGAAGAACUUUGUGAAAAAUUAUUCUGAUUCUGAAGUCAAAGUCAGGGAAGCAACCUCUAAUGACCCAUGGGGUCCCUCUAGUUCACUAAUGUUAGAGAUCAGUGACCUGACAUACAAUACAGUUUCUCUUUUGGAGAUUAUGAACAUGAUAUGGCACAGGAUGAACGACCAGGGAAAGAACUGGAGGCAUGUGUAUAAAUCCCUCACACUCUUGGAUUAUCUCAUCAAGAAUGGAUCAAAGAAAGUCAUACAGCAUUGUCGAGAGGGGCUCUUUAACAUUCAGACAUUAAAAGAUUUUCAUUACAUAGAUGAGGCUGGAAAGGAUCAAGGUUAUCACGUCAGAGAAAAAUCUAAGCAAGUCAGUGCCUUGUUAACAGAUGACCAACUGCUACAUAACGAACGUGAGAUAGCACGCAGAACUAGGCAGCGGACCUCCUAUGCAAUGCUAUUGCCUAAGAAGACCACUACCAAGGACUGUUUACCAACAAUGUCUGCCUCUGAGCCCAUACCAGAGCUUCCUGAUUCAGUCAAACUUCAACACCAUUUUCCUAAGGCAGCAUCUGCACCACAGCAAAACCAGCCUUUUCAGUCACCAGGGAAAGUGGCAAUGGCCCAAGAAAUGGUGGCAUCCCAAAUCAUUGCUAAGAAGUCAUCAGAGGACUUGAUAGUAUUUAGUGAAGACGAGCAGACCCCCACCACCACCACUUUGCCACCUCCGUUUCCUGCUGAGGGCUCUUCAGAUGGAGCACCACCAGUGGUGCAGGCAGCUGCCAGUGACUCCUGGAACAGAAGUAUCAUAUCCUUCCCUUCACAGAGAAGCCUAUCUACCUCACAAAAAUGGGGCACAGGCAGGAGAACAUACAGCACACUCACAAAUCCUGCUUCAACAAUCACUCUUAUGCCUCCUUCAAGGACACAGUCAGCAAACACUCCCAAAAUUGCAGAAAUUUUGCUUGGUCGUCAGUCAUCAGUUCCAGAAAAGCCUGCCACAACCUGCCAACAUGUCCCAGAGUCAGACUUUCUUCCCGCUAGCAGUAUAGCUUCUGUGGAGACCCUUUAUCUCUCCCCUACCUUCAGCGUCUUUGAUCCUUUAAGGAAUAGUGUGGCAAACAGUGAGAUUCUGAAACCAACUCCAGCUUCUUCUAAACAAUUCCCUGAACCUAAUACAACCAGCAUACUAAACUUCAAUUCCUCCACACCUAGUAGUCUGCAGACAUUUAACACAAAUCUCCAUCUUUCCACAAGGCCAGGUUCAACCAGCUCCAUGGCAACAACGUCCUCUUUUUCCACCUUUUCCAUCUCAUCCCCAGACUCAGUUGUUCCAGAGAACAUAGUUCAUCCUAACCUUAUCCCUUCCUGUGGACCUUCAGGCUUGUCUUCACCUCACAAGCUCUCCUCUUCUGUUUUCUUUAAUUGUCUCAAGGACAGGGUUACACAUCCUUUUUCUUGCCAAAGAUCUGAGGAAGAGGAGAGUGAAAACACCAGCAUCCUGAAUCUCCUCCCAGAUAAUUCAAGACGUUGUGCUGGAAAAGUGAACAGUUUUGAGAGCAGAACUCUCCGCAUUUCUGGUGGGAGCUGGGGGGCAUUUCCUGUGCAGAAUGUAGAUCCCGUGGCUAGCCCCAAUAUGCCUUCUGCUGAAGGGUCACGUAACGUGGGCACAACACAGAAAGCCCUGGGCACUUUGGAGGAGAUAAAAAAUGCAGUUCUGGGACUGCGAGGGGACAUAGGUAAAGUGGCCCAGGAGCUGCAAACCAUUGGCAGCCAGAUGGCAAGCCUGGUGGGUGACAUUCAACAUAUGAGCAAGUUCUCGGCAUCUUCCCAAACUGCUAAGGAUGCCCCAUGUCAGUAGUAAUUUUCACAAUUUUCAGUGUAGCUUUGUGGUAUCUGUUCCAACAAUACACUUCAUAUAAGUCAUCAGACCUCUUUUACAGUGUUGAAAUAACUACAGAUAGAAAUGCAUAGGGCUGUUCUGUUCUUGUCAUGGUCAAUAAAUAAAUAAUUUACAUCUU